GGGGGGUGUGCCCCGGGUAGAGGGGCGGGGUGUCCGGGGCAGGGGGCGGAAGGCCAGCAGCAGUGGCCCCGUGCUCUGUGCCGCCCCCAGGUAAGAGCCCUGCCUCCCUCCCCCCUGAGUAACUCUCCUCCCCCCUGGAUAAAGCGGCGGCCCCUGCGCCCGGGCGCAGUCGGGUCCAGCUGGGUAUCUGUCGGGCUAUGGCAGCGAUCGGAGCCCUAGUGAAGAAAGUGUGGAGUAUCCGCCGGUUCCUGGUGUUACUCUGCACCCCGCUGGUGCUGCUGCCCAUCAUCAUCAGCCUGCCCCCCAAGGAGGGAAAAUGCCUCUAUGUGAUCCUCGUGAUGGCCGUGUACUGGUGCACAGAAGCCCUGCCUCUGGCCGUGACUGCUCUGCUGCCAAUCACCUUGUUUCCAUUUCUGGGGAUUCUCCCUUCGAACAAAGUUUGCCCACAGUAUUUUUUAGACACCAACUUCCUCUUUCUCAGUGGUUUAAUCAUGGCGUCGGCCAUCGAAAAGUGGAACCUGCACCGCAGGAUUGCCCUGAAGAUUCUCAUGCUAGUGGGAGUCCAGCCUGCAAGGCUGAUCUUAGGAAUGAUGUUGACAACUUCUUUCCUGUCCAUGUGGUUAAGCAAUACAGCAUCCACCGCUAUGAUGCUUCCAAUUGCAAAUGCGAUUCUGAAGAGCCUCUUUGGAGAGAAAGAAGCAUCUAAAGAUCUCAACAGAGAAAAUGAAGAAAAUCCAGCCUCUUUACAGCAGAAUAAACUUUACACUGUACCAACUGAGCUGCAGUUUCUGGCAAGUACUGAGGACAAAGAUCUGAUGGAGGAGAAGGAAGUUGCCAUUGAAGUUCCCAUGGAUUUAAAGAAAGAGGAUGAAUACAGGGCAAACGUAUGGAAAGGUUUCCUCAUUUCAAUCCCUUAUGCAGCCAGCAUUGGAGGUACAGCAACGCUGACAGGAACGGCACCAAAUCUCAUCCUUCUAGGACAGCUAAAGAGUUUUUUUCCAGAGUGUGAUGUGGUGAACUUUGGAUCCUGGUUUGUAUUUGCAUUUCCUUUAAUGCUGCUUUUCCUUUUCCUGGGAUGGCUAUGGAUCAGUUUCCUGUAUGGGGGAAUUAACCUAAGGCAUUGCAGAAAGAAAAAGUCAGAAAUAAGAACGGAUGCAGAAGACCGAGCCCGAGCAGUCAUAAAGGAAGAUUAUCAGAAACUGGGGCCAAUGAAGUUUGCAGAACAGGCAGUUCUCUUUCUCUUCUGCUUGUUUGCAAUCCUGCUGUUCUCCAGGGACCCAAAAUUCAUCCCAGGUUGGGCAAGUUUCUUCACUCCUGGGUUUGUCUCAGACGCGGUUACUGGAGUCGCCAUAGUGACCAUACUGUUCUUCUUCCCUUCACAAAGACCAUCCUGUAAAUGGUGGUUUGACUUAAAAGCAUCAAACACUGAGAAUGUGCCUUUGCUGUCUUGGAGACGGGCCCAAGAGACUGUACCCUGGAACAUUAUCUUGCUGCUCGGUGGAGGAUUUGCCAUGGCAAAAGGAUGUGAGGAGUCAGGCUUGUCUGUCUGGAUCGGAGGCCACCUGCAUCCCCUGGAGAGCGUGCCACCGGCGGUGGCUGUCGUGCUUAUCACAAUAGUGAUCGCCUUAUUCACAGAGUUUGCCAGUAACACGGCCACAAUUAUAAUCUUCCUGCCUAUCCUGGCAGAACUGGCAAUUCGUCUGAAAGUAAAUCCCCUCUAUUUAAUGAUACCAGGAACUAUAGGAUGCUCAUACGCUUUCAUGCUGCCAGUCUCCACACCCCCUAACUCAAUUGCAUUUUCUUCUGGACACUUGAUGGUCAAGGAUAUGGCAAGAACUGGGCUGCUCAUGAAUCUUAUGGGUGUUCUGCUCCUUAGCUUGGCUAUAAACACAUGGGCCAAGAGCAUCUUCCAGCUGGGCACCUUCCCUGAGUGGGCCAACAUCCAUGGAGAGAACAUCACAUCCCUCUUGCCGGAUGUGAAGAAUGUUACUUUAAGCUCGCUAAAUAAAAUAUGAACAAAGUCAGGUCAUAGGUGGGACUUGCUCACUUAGGACUGGGGCACAGGAAUCGCCAGAGUGUACUCACAGGACAAAGGCCGGAUUGCUGCUCAUGUUGCACAGAACUUUCCAUUCAUUUUAUUUUAUUUUUAUAAAUAUUAUUCAUUGUCACUACAUAAUUUUUGGGGUGGGGAUCUUGGAAGAUUUAUCUCCGCCCCCCACAGAUACCUAUCAAACAGUUUUAGAAAACUUUGUUCUUCAUUAGUAGGGGGUAUAAAAUGGAUGACCAAGUAAGUCUCCAACAUUUCCAGGGUAAAUGCCACUCCUGGUGAAAUCUAUGGGAGUUUUGCUGUCACCUUCAAUGUGCUAAUUUCAGAUACCCUAACUCAUGCUGGAUGGUAUCCUUACUCCCAUGAGUGAAGUCAAUGGGACCAUUUCAGGUGCUACUCAACUUGAGUCAGGGUAUCAGAACUAGGCCCAGUGUGGGGGCCAUGCUUGAGCCCUGUGAUUCUAGAACACUAGUUAGGGGGUCAAGAUUUCACAAGUAAUUGUGUCAUGUAGUAUGAAGACUAUUUCUUUAGCUUCUUAUGAAAGGAAAAUUCAGGAGACUAUGACUGAGUCUAGCCAGAAUUUUAUGUAUUGCUCCACAGCGGGCGUUUUGUAACGGUAGGUUUCCAAACACAUUCAUUAGCUUGGGAAUUAUUUUAAAACCCAAGACAAUAAUUUUCACCCACAUUUUUGUACUGACUGGAAAGGUAGAGAUUUGUGGACAUAUUCACUCCUGGUGUAACUCUGUGUCUAUCAGGGGCAUGACACCAGUGGCUUAUGUGGCUAAUCUUAAAUUGGUGAACGUCUUUUAACUGAGGUUUGAGUUGACCUACUCAUGACAAUGCAGCUCAAUCACAAGUCAGUAGACUGUUCGCAGAGGAAUGUUGACCUUUUUUUCGAAACGGAGUUUGAUUCUUUUAUCUGAUUGCUUGGGUACUUUCAAUGAAAGGAUUUGAAAAUUGAGCAUGAUUUUCAUCACCAUUUCAUCUAAAUACAUGCAUUUUGUUUGUGUAAGACUCUGACUAUUUAAUUAAAGAUCAGUAUUUGAAACAGAUAGGUUGAAAGAUGAGGAGUCUGAUAUGGUGCUUUGGGGAGGGUUAGCGAGGGAAUUCUUGCACUGAUACAGAUGUUGACUCAACUGGACCAGAUUCCCAGCUGGUAUAAGGUGGCAUGGUGCCAAUGAUGUUGAUGGAAGUAAACUGAUUUACACCAGCUGAUGGUCUGGCUCAGUUCUCCCUUGAGUUACUCAAAAGAUUCAGCGUCAGCGCCGAGAGCAGAUAGGGUAAUUUAUCCAUCAGACCCAAUUCUCUCUUUAAUCUCUGUUGCUGCUGCUGCUGCUGCUGUGAAAACUAUAUUGAUUACGUCACAGUACGAAUGUUUCCAAAGAGGUCAAGCUGAAACGAAACUGCCCGACUGUGGAAGUCAGCUGAUGUUGAGACAUAAUCCUCGCGAUUAGGGAACUUGUACAAUAAAAUGCAUUCAUUAGC